AUGGUCGAUGUUCUCUAUUCACUUGUGGAUGUUAGUAAACGGCUUGAUCAAUUAGUACUUGAUCCAGUUUAUAUUCGUAAACUUGAUAUGACCUCCAUGACAAUGAAAUCAUUUGAGGAUCGUAUCUACUCAAUAGACAAUGAAGUUCUUUCAAAAAUUUGUAAAAACAUUUUACCUCGAAUUCAUGAUCAAGUAAAUGAACUCAUUGUUGAACAACAUUCAAUGGAACGUGUUCUUCAUACAACCAAUUAUCCUCAACUUUACUCGUUGUCGCUUAUAGAUUUUGAAGAAGAAGUACUGCUCGAAUAUUUAGCAGAUAAUACAAUUCUUCGCAAGCUUCUCAAUGAACAAAUUACACAUCUUCAAAUUGAUGUUAAGGAUACGACAGGAUCACCACCACUUCCUGAAAAGCUUUCAACUAUGUUUGUUUUUAUUUUAUCUUUAUGUAAACAACUAAUCAAGUUAGAUUUUUGUCAAUUCGAUCAUCGAUCAACGUUUUGUACUUUUGACUUAUCGACCAAUUGCAAGUCUUCAACUUUGACUACAUUGAAAAUUGAUGUGGAAACUUUCGAUGAUUGUCUUUAUCUACUUGAUGGACGGUUCAAUUGUUUAUCAACAAUGAUUGUACAUGUUGGAGAAAUUACACAUACAUUAGCAACUAUAGAUAAUACGAAAAAACUUCCCAAAUUGAAACAUUUCUCAUUAUGCUCGUGUCCACGCACAGUUGUUUAUGAUAAUCUAAUUAUUCCACUACUUCAACGAAUGAUAAAUCUUGAAGAAUUGAGAUUAUUUCUGUCAAUAACAAGAACUGACUCGAAUUAUAUUGAUGGCACUGAAUUAUAUAAUUCAAUUCUUAUUUAUAUGCCACGAUUAAACAAAUUUACUUUCAAUAUAGACACAUGUAUAAUCAAGAAGAAUAUUGAAAUACCUCUGUCAUCGAAUGAAGAUAUUCAACGUAGUUUUAUUAGAACAAAAUAUGGACCAGUUGUUUCAUAUGUUGAAACCUUAAUAUUGGCUAUGAAUCACUCGCACUGGUCACAAACAAUUUCACCAAUGAUGCAACAUAUUUCACUUGUUCGAAAUUGA